AAGACAAGUGAAGAUGGCGGAUGUGUUGAGUGUUCUUCGUCAGUACAACAUCCAGAAAAAAGAAAUCGUCGCUAAAGGGGACGAAGUGAUAUUUGGAGAAUUCUCCUGGCCGAAAAAUGUCAAGACCAACUACAUAAUCUGGGGAACUGGUAAAGAGGGCCAACCAAAGGAGUACUAUACAUUGGACUCUAUAUUGUUCUUGCUCAACAAUGUGCAUCUUGCCCAUUCCUUCUAUGUGCGAAGAGCAGCAACAGAGAACAUACCUGUUGUCAGGCGACCUGAUCGAAAAGGCUUGCUGUCGUAUCUCAAUGGCGAGAGUUCAACUUCAACCAGCAUCGACAGAAGUGCGCCUAUUGAAAUAGGCUUGCAGAGACCAACACAACUCAAACGAGCUGCUGACGAAGUAUCAUCAGAAGCAAAGAAACCUCGGAUUGAGGAUGAGGAACGAGUCCGUCUUGACAAGGAGCGUCUGGCCGCUCGACUGGAAGGCCAUAAAGAGGGAAUCGUACAGACAGACCAGAUUAGAUCUCUGUCAGAGGCCAUGUCGGUGGAGAAGAUUGCAGCCAUCAAGGCAAAGAUUAUGGCGAAAAAACGUUCCACCAUUAAAACAGAUCUGGACGAUGACAUAACCCUCAAGCAGAGAAGCUUUGUGGACGCUGAGGUGGACGUCACCAGAGACAUUGUCAGCAGAGAAAGAGUAUGGAGGACAAGGAUGACUAUUCUUCAGAGCAGUGGGAAGAACUUCUCCAAGAGCAUCUUUGCUAUUCUUCAGUCUGUUAAAGCCAGAGAAGAGGGCAGAGCACCAGAGCAACGGCCACCACAGAACACAGCUCAAGUGGAUCCAUCCAUGAGAAGCAAACAGCCUGUCCAAGCUGCCUACAACAGAUACGAUCAGGAGAGAUUCAAAGGAAAAGAGGAAACGGAGGGAUUCAAGAUUGACACCAUGGGAACCUAUCACGGCAUGACUCUCAAGUCUGUAACGGAGGGCGCAUCCGCUCGGAAGGCCCAGACCCCAGCACUGCAGCCUGUUCCUCGGCCAGUUUCACAAGCAAGACCACCACCAAACCAGAAGAAAGGUUCUCGGACUCCCAUCAUCAUCAUCCCUGCAGCCACCACCUCUCUCAUCACCAUGCUCAAUGCCAAAGAUCUUCUGCAGGAUCUGAAAUUUGUCACACCCGAAGAUAAGAAGAAGCAGGGCAUCCAACGUGACAACGAAGUUUUGCUCCAACGGAGAAAAGACCAGAUCCAGCCGGGCGGCACGACCCUCAGUGUGACGGUCCCCUAUCGAAUCAUCGACCAGCCGCUCAAACUGGCGCCACAGGACUGGGAUCGCGUGGUGGCAGUGUUCGUUCAGGGUCCAGCCUGGCAGUUCAAGGGCUGGCCAUGGCUGCUGCCCGAUGGAGCGCCUGUCGAUAUUUUCGCCAAAAUCCGAGCGUUUCAUCUCAAGUACGACGAGGCAAAGUUGGACCCGAACGUGCAGAAAUGGGACGUGACAGUCCUGGAGCUCAGCCGCCAUCGGCGCCAUCUUGACCGCCCUGUCUUCCUGCGCUUCUGGGAAACCCUGGACAGGUACAUGGUCAAACACAAAUCCCACCUCAGGUUUUAGGCGUGGCCCACUGAAAAUCCCUGCUCGGUCCAGCGCUCACCUUCUCCAGCCACGACCCCAUCUUCUGUUAACAGCCAAUCAACAGACUCUACUGAUGCAAUACGCUGUUUUCCAGACAUUCAAAGAUGAUUUUAUGAUGGGGAAAAAAAAACAAAACUGUAAAUUCUAGCUACAUUAUGUUGUCAAUCCAGGACUUUCUGCUGAUGUCAGCAGAAGUUUGAAUCAAAGAAAGUCUUUUCUCACUUUUUUUCUGAAUCUAAAUAAAUACUGUCGGAUCGCAGACACAGGUGAGUUUAUACUAGAAAUAAGUUUUGGCUUCUGGGUGAUUCUGGGGCGAAACGCCAGCCGGCUGAGGCUGGCGUUUUAAUGAUCUGUACAUGAGAGGAGCCAGUUCAACAUCUGUGGCUCUCAUUGAUGUGAAAGUAGAAAAUAAACCCUCAGUGGA